CCCAGAAAGAAGGCGAGGAAAACAGAGCCCCAGGAGCUGCCCGUUUCACCCAGCGUUUCCGGGGCUUCCCGAGUGACCCCGCCUCUGACCUCGGGACGCUCCGCCCACUGCUGGGCCCCGGGGGCGCACGCGUACUCGCAGGGAGGUUUGACAACUGCAGGCUGCCGGGAUGGGCGGGAGCAGGUGUCGCGAGAGUUGGCGGCACGCCGCCCUGAGACUGUAAAUAACUAUGGCGAGCCCGGGCGCUGAGGCGGAGCAGGAGCCGCUGUUGGGCCACCGCACCCCCGGAAGCAGAGAAGGAGAUGUUGUAGAAACCGAAGAGCAUUAUAAAAGCCGAUGGAGAUCUAUUAGGAUUCUAUAUCUUACUAUGUUUCUCAGCAGUGUAGGGUUUUCUAUUGUGAUCAUGUCAAUAUGGCCAUAUCUCCAAAAGAUUGAUAAGACAGCUGAUGCAAGUUUUUUGGGCUGGGUUAUUGCUUCGUUUAGUCUUGGCCAAAUGGUAGCUUCACCUAUAUUUGGCUUAUGGUCUAAUCAUAGGCCAAGAAAAGAACCUCUCAUUGUCUCCAUCUUUAUUUCGGUGGCAGCCAACUGCCUUUAUGCAUAUGUCCACGUUCCAGCUUCUCAUAAUAAAUACUACAUGUUGGUUGCUCGUGGAUUGGUGGGAUUUGGAGCAGGAAAUGUAGCUGUUGUUAGAUCAUAUAUUGCUGGUGCUACUUCCCUUCAGGAAAGAACAAGUUCCAUGGCAAAUACAAGCACAUGUCAAGCAUUAGGCUUUAUUCUAGGUCCAGUUUUUCAGACUUGUUUUGCACUCAUUGGAGAAAAAGGUGUAACAUGGGAUGUGAUAAAGCUGCAGAUAAACAUGUACACAGCACCAGUUUUACUUGGCGCCUUCCUGGGAGUUUUAAAUAUUAUUCUGAUCCUUACUGUAUUAAGAGAACAUCGUGUGGAUGACUCAGGACGACAGUAUAAAAAUGUUAAUUUUGAAGAAGUAAAUACAGAUGAAGUUCAGUUUCCCCAAGGAAAUAUUGAUCAAGUUGCUGUUGUGGCCACCAAUAUUCUGUUCUUUGUGGUUCUAUUUAUCUUUGCCCUUUUUGAAACCAUCCUUACACCGUUAACUAUGGAUAUGUAUGCCUGGACUCAAGAACAAGCUGUAUUUUAUGAUGGAAUAAUACUUGCUGCCCUUGGAGUCGAGGCAGUUCUUGUUUUCAUGGGCGUUAAAAUACUUUCCAAGAAGAUUGGUGAGCGUGCUAUUCUCCUGGGAGGACUCAUCGUUGUGUGGAUUGGCUUCUUUAUCUUGUUACCUUGGGGAAAUCAGUAUCCCAAAAUUCAGUGGGAAGAUUUACAUAAUAACUCAAUCCCUAAUACCACAUUUGGGGAAAUUAUUAUUGGUCUUUGGAAAUCUCCCAGAGAAGAUCACAGUGAAGGACCAACUGGUUGUCCAAUUGAACAAGCGUGGUGCCUCUACACCCCAGUGAUCCACCUGGCCCAGUUCCUCAUAUCAGCUGUGCUUAUUGGGAUAGGCUAUCCAGCCUGCAAUGUCAUGUCCUAUACAUUAUAUUCAAAAAUUCUAGGACCAAAGCCUCAGGGUGUGUACAUGGGCUGGUUAACAGCUUCUGGCAGUGGAGCACGGAUUCUCGGGCCUGUAUUCAUCAGCCACGUGUAUAGUUACUGGGGACCACGAUGGGCAUUCAGCCUUGUAUGUGGGAUCGUCGUGCUCACCAUCACUCUCCUGGGAGUGGUUUACAAGAGACUCAUUGCGUUUUCUAUACGGUAUGGGAGGAUUCAAGAGAAAACUGGGUCAGAGUAGUAGAAAGUAAAUGCUGUAUGGUAUUUCCUAGUCUAAGACUCUGCUAAACACCUGCUGUGAGCCAGCCUCCAACAGUCAGGCUGCAGAUACUGCUUAUUUUGAGUAACAAGACCAGGUGUUGGAUAACAGGGAAUCUUACAGGUAACUGUGAAUAGUAGGAUAUAUAAAAGCAUUGUCUGUCAUAAUUUCUUUAUCUCAAAAAUGAAUUCCACUAAUACUUUUAUGGGCUUGCAUGAAUUCGUGAGUAAACAAUGGGCAACAAAUGUGAAGUUAAAUUUAAUAAAAACUGCAUAGGUUUCAUUAAAAUAGUGAGAACCAGAAAGAGGGUUGUAUAUGAACUAGCUAUAGCAGAAUGAAGUUAUAUUCUCCUACCUAAAUAGGGGUAUUUUUAUUUUAUUUAAAAUACACUUUCUAUUAUCACGUUUCCAUGAUACAAAAAUCAAAACCCUUAAAAUUUCUAUUUAGCAUAACUACCAUCCUAUAUUGCCUUCCGUAAGUCUUAAUUCCAAUACUGCACUUGAUUUCAGUUAUCUCACCCCUAAGUUAACAUGGGUAAGAAUAAUGUUGAUAUUUGACAAUAAAGAGGAUUAAGAGAUCAAGAUUUUACUACAUUUAGUAGAGCUAUUUUUUGCUUUCAAGUUAAUCAGUAAUUUAUUUAGAAACAUAAAGACAGACGUGUUAUUGCAUACCUAUUCUAAACAGUAAAUGAUUUCUUAAAAUCAUUAGUAUUUUUUAACUCCCUUAAACUCUGAAGAAAAGCUAUUUUUCCCAUCUCGCACUAGUGGCAGGGAGGAACACAACAGUUUUCAGCUUGUCUAUGUAUAUGUAUAUUUAUUUAGAGCUGCUGAAUUUUUGUUGGAAUUUAAAUUUGGAUGGGUCCUAAUAGCUCCAAUCAGAAUAGUAAGUAUUUAAGGCAAAAUGACUUCAAUCUGACAGUUUACUCAGUUUACCUCAAGCUGGGUAAAUCAUACUCUCACUAUAUACAUUUCUACCUCUACAUAAGUUGAAGUCUGAUGAAGAGUAGAGAACUAUGUAUAUAAUCAACAUUACAAACAGUACAAAAAUAUGUCCCCACGGUUCCUGCUUUAAGUUAUAAACACUACCAUGUGCACUCUAUACUGAGCUUGCCGGGUUCUUCAAGGUCGUUCCUUCAGCUCUCCCUGAAGGCUUCAUUUGGCAGCAAUCAUCCUGUGAUGACAUUGUGGAGGUGCUGGUCACUGUUCCUCACCUCCCACAGUAAGAUUGUGCCUCAGGGGCACCUGCAGGACCACAGCCGGCUCUCCGGCACCUGCAGGACCACAGCCGGCUGUCCGGCGCCUGCAUGACCACAGCCGGCUCUCUGGUACCUGCAGGACCACAGCCGGCUCUCUGGCGCCUGCACAACUCUUUGUUCUUGUUCUGCAGCCCCUUUGGCCGUCUUCACCUUGGUUUGGAACAGUGUACGUGGUGGAAAUAUCAACAACAGUGGUCAGAAUGAAAAUGUUAAGAGUGAAUAUUUAUGGAAUCCUUUUCACAUUCCUGGUAAUGUGUAAUAUACAACUUAAUUCUGUGGUUCCCACUUGACAGAUAAAAAAAUGGCAGCUGAGAAGUUAUUUGUCAAAUUAAGUCUCUUCAGAAUCCACUAUUAACCACUACCACUGUAUUUCUGAUACUGGGACAAAUAGCCCAGAAAGUUGCAGAAUCAGACAAUACUAAUUUUAGGGUAAAUUAAGUUACCUGUACCUAUGAUUCCUUUUGAACAGAAAUAUUUGGGAAAUACAAUUUUAAACGUACUGACUGGUUUUUGUCUUAGCAUAAUAGUUAAUCUGUUUCCAGCAAAAAUACUACAUAGAAGUUUCCCAACCUAUGAAGAUUAAUAAUAUUCAUUUAAAAUGAGAUAAACCAUAACUUUGCACAAAUGACCGGUCAUCUUUUUAUUGAAAGUGCCUUCUUCAGAGGAUUACAUCAUUGAAUCUUCUUACAAAAGAAUACAGGUCAGGAAGUGACAUGAGGUUGAGAAGAGAGCAGGGAGGUUAAAGUUUGAGUAAAAACAGCGGUUGAGGUCUUGAGGAUACAUUUAAAAAGAUGAUAGAACACCUCAAAGUAUGGGAAAAAAUUAUUUUGUUAGUGAGCAAAGUGAGAGUUGUUACUGAAGUCUCCUGAGACACUUCCUGUCACAGCAGUCAGGAGUGGUGCUCCAAGGGAGGAAUUGCCUGAAAAACUUAGGAAUAGUAAAAGAAGAUGUGUUUUAGAAAACCUAUGCUUAAGCUUGAGAAGGAUAAUCUUCAUUUCAUGAAGGGGUUUAUAAUGUCACAGUGCAUCUCCAUUCUAUUUUCCUUCACUUGUGUACAUUUAAAAUGAAUUUUCAAUUCAUGUAACACUUUCCUCUUGCAUAAAGUGAACUACUAUAUGCAAAUUUCAUUUUAAUGAAGAUAAACUCUUUUAUCUGCAGCUGUUCCAGAAUAGAUUAUGUGGAGAAGAAAUUCUGGGUACUAUUUUUUGACUGUUGCAGACUUGUUUGUAACUGAAUGUUUAUUUUAACACUGUAA